CUCAGAUUCGUUUAGGUACGCGACGCCCCGACCUCGAACCCUUCUCAACCAUUUCUCUCUCUCUUCAAAAAUUUUCUCCAUGUUUAUUCCCUUCUCUGAUUCCAUUUAGAUCCAAUAUUCUUUCUCCAUUGGACUCUAUAGAUCUGUAUAUUGCCUUCUUUACUUUGAAACACCAUAGCCAAAACAAAAAAUGAUGGUUCACAAGAUGGAGACUGAUCACGCCCAGAAAAUGCAAAGAUGUCAUGAGUAUGUUGAAGCUCUUGAAGAAGAACAGAAGAAAAUCCUAGUCUUUCAACGCGAGCUUCCUUUAUGUUUAGAGCUCGUUACUAAAACGAUCGAGGCGUAUCGUAAGGAGUUAUCCGGUACAUCAUCGGAGCAGAUUCACGGCCAAUCAGACUGUUCGGAGCAGACGACGAGCUUUUGCGGUGGACCAGUCUUGGAGGAGUUUAUUCCAAUCAAGAAGAGUUCGUUGAGCCAGGAAGAAGAAGACGGCGAACAUGAAUCUCUAGAGCCUGAGAUUAAUAACGUCGACAAGAAGAAAUCUGAUUGGCUUAGAUCUGUUCAGCUAUGGAACAAUCCGUCACCGGAUCUAAACCCGAUAGAGGUAUCAGAUUCGGAGCGUGUGGUGGCUAAGAAGGCGAAAGUGGUUGAGGUGAAACCAAACAACGGCGGCGCGUUUCAGCCGUUUCGUAAGGAGAAAAAACGCGUUUUUUUGGAGACUCAGCCGCCGCAACCGGCGGUUAAAGCGGCGACGACGACGAGUUCCACGACGGAAACAACCGGCGGAGGUAAAAGUGAUUCGGUUAAAGCGAGGGAGGAGCAGAUGAAGCAGGACCAAUCGCAGUCGCAAACGCAUAGAAAACAACGGCGAUGCUGGUCGCCGGAGUUACACCGGCGGUUUCUUCACGCGCUUCAGCAGCUCGGAGGAUCGCAUGUUGCUACACCAAAACAGAUUAGAGAUCAUAUGAAAGUCGAUGGGUUAACAAACGACGAAGUUAAAAGCCAUUUACAGAAAUAUAGACUUCAUACAAGAAGGCCAGCAACGUCUGUGACGGCGCAGAGUAACGGAAACUCGCAACAACCACAAUUCGUGGUGGUCGGAGGAAUAUGGGUUCCGUCGCCACAGGAUUAUCCUCCACCGUCAGAUGUAUAUGCUCCGGUGGCGGAGGUGCAACCACCACCACUACCACUACCACCGCAAUCUCCUAAGCUUUCGGUGGAGAGAAGUAGCGGCCGUUGCAACUCGCCGGCGGCAUCUUCCUCUACUAAUACAACCACGACUUCUUCUGCUUCUCCUGUGUCAUAGUAGUCAAAUCUUGUGAUUUGAUUUUGUAGAUUUAAUGAAAUGUAAGAUUGUAAACCAAAAAUGUUCUUUUCAUAGCUUGGAAAAUUUUGAAUAAAAUAUAGACGAAUGCUAUAUAGUAUAUACACGGGAUAAGUGAAAGAGUCUUUUUGUUUUGUAUCUUUGAAUAUUUGUUACUCCCUUGUUUCUUGGU